AUGACGCAGUUGGGCUUGAUAGGACAAUGCGGAGCCAUCACGAAGCAGCCUGAGAAGCCAAGAGGAUACGACGCGCAAUAUGUCGACCUUAAGAUCAAUGGAAAACCCGCUUGUGCUUUGGUCGACACGGGUGCAGAGGUCAAUCUCAUGACCAAAAAGGCAGCAACGAGAUUGGGGCUGAGUUACAGUUCAAGCAACGCCCAACUCAGGACGGUCAAUGCACCCCCGACUCCUGUGAGUGGAGUCGCACAUGGAGUGAGCAUCACGCUAGGCGAGUGGCAAGGUAAGACCAAUUUCACUGUCGCUCCUUUAGAUCUCUUUGACAUAAUUCCUGGGCAGGAGUUCUUCCAGCAGUGCCACGCGGUGAUCGACCCCUACCUUCAACGACUUUUAGUCAUGGAGCAAGGAAGAUCAUGUAUGGUGCCCAUGGUCAAGGUGUCGAAGACGAAAGGACAAGUCCGCCUAACGGCCAUGCAGCUCGAGAAAAACCCUAAGAAGAAGGAGUCGAUGUCUAGAGCCACCAGUGCAAGUUCGAAGAAGGACAAUGGUGCAAGAAGGUCCUUGCCACCGUGCAUGAAGAAGGUACCAAAAGAGAACAAUGCUGUGAUGCUAAAGAAGCCGCCGAGGUGCUUGCCUCCUAGGAAGGAGGUAGACCAGAAGACCGAGCUAGAAGCGAAUGGAAGAUGUUGA